UUAACUAUUUUUUUACGUAUGAUUCUAAAGGAAAUCUGAUUUGUAUUAUAUGCAAAAGCAUUAUUAAAUCGGUGGCUAUUUGGAAGGUUCAUGUACACUCGAAGCUACAUAAAACGAAUCUCGAAGAAGCAAAGAAAAUUAUGUGUAAACAAGUUUUGGAUAAACCUUUAGAGAAGAAACAAAGUCGGAAGAAAGAAUCAAAUACCCCUUUACAUUUAAAAAAAUUACCGGAAGAUACUGUAACUACUAAUAAGAAAGAAAUUCUCAUCAGCAAAUUGAGUACUACCGUUUUGAUAGAGUCUUCAGAUUUAUUGCCAGAAUUGUUUUUUGACGACCCAAUUGUGGAUGCAAAAGUUCGAAAUGUAGAAUAUAAAAAUGGUCAAGAUGAUGAAUGGGAAAAAUUUCAGCGUGAAAUUAAAGAAGAAUCAAUGACAUCUAAUAAAUUAAUAUCUGGAGAACAGAUAAAUGCAGCUGUUGAAAGAGAAAUUACCGAAAUCAGCGAACAAAUAUAUCAAUGGUCCAAAGUUAUAGAUUUGGAAAAUAAAUUGAAUAAAAUCAACAAGAAGGAAAAGCGAAAGAUUGAGCUAGGAGAUUCUGAUGAAGAUUCAUCGGAGAAUGAAUUUAUUAACGAAAGUCUAGACUGGAGAACCAAAAAAAUUUGGUAACAUAUAUUUCUUGGAAUGUCUUUGAAAAGCUUCAACAUCAUACAAUAAUUGAAACUGCGACCCAUGGGUCGAGUAAAAUAAUAUAUUAAAUUUCAAAAUUUCAUGCAUUGAAUAUUUCCAAAAAUAGUUGUGACUUUUUUCCAGACAGAUUGGUAUUUAGCAACACUGUUCGGUGUUCCAAAUUUCGAUCUAGCCAGAAAAAAGUAUUUUUUAAUAUAUUUCAAAAGCAAUUUUGUUUUGGUACUAUGAUGAAAUUUUAAUCUAGCCAGAAAAAAUGUUUUCAAAUAUUUCGAAAGCCCAUUUUUUGUAUGGUAAUUUUCGUAACAUAACAUUAUUGUCUACAUGUUUCAUUUCUGAAAUUUUAAAUAUUUGUUCAUGAAGUAAUAAGGUGUUUGGUGUUAACCCUAAAAAAUAAACAAGAAUAAAAUAAUUUUACAAAAAAAAUUAAAA